AAACAUAUGGUGGUUGUUAAAAAAAAAUCAACAUGCCAAAUGGAUGACUUUGCGUAUGGUGGCUUCUCUAAUUGCAACUUUUACAUCUAGUAUUUGUUAAGGGUUCUAUUGACUUAAAACAACAAUAUACCAUGUUAGUAUACAAAUUUAACAAAAUAUCCGAUUAUAUAAUUUGAUGCUGGCGCCGCUAAACUUGUGACGUUGUGGGUCAGCUGACGUCCUCUCAAACUCACAUGAUUGCAUAUCGUCUGAUUCGUCUUCUGCUUGCUUGGGAUUGUCGGAGCACAAUUUUGGAAAAGCCAGCUGGUUCCGUCAUGGUAGAUUUCGGGUCCAUAUGGGAAAGAUCGAUGGCAAGUGCUAAAAGCUAGCUGGUCCGCUCAGCUUUGUUUAGCCUGGUUUUAGCCACUUCCAGAGGCGAGCAAUAAGCGACAAGAACCGCCGCAUGCUCUACCAUCUUGUUGUCACGGUCUUCGUCAGAUGUUGUGACAUAAUCCCACGCGCUUCCAAAUGGGUCCUGACGGCAAGAAGUUGAUCAACGUCAUUGUCCUGGGCGUGGCCUUCAUGUUCAUCUUCACCGCCUUCCAGACGUGCGGCAACAUCGAGCAAACGGUGAUCAAAAGCUUUAACAGCACCACCUUCCAUGGCAGCGGAUACACCAGCAUGGCCGUGAUCUACGGCGUGUUCUCGGCAUCCAAUUUGCUGGCCCCGUCGGUGGUGGCAGUGGCGGGCGCCCAGCUGUCCAUGUUCUUCAGCGGGCUGCUGUACAGCGCCUACAUCGCCGUCUUUGUCUACCCGUACACGUGGAGCUUCUACACCGCCUCCGUGCUGGUGGGCGCCGGCGCCGCCGUGCUGUGGACGGCGCAGGGGAACGUGCUGGCGCUCAACUCGGACCAGCACACCAUCGGCAGGAACAGCGGCGUCUUCUGGGCCCUGCUGCAGUGCAGCUUACUGUUUGGAAACCUGUUCAUCUUCUGCGCCUGGCGUGGACACGAGCACAUCUCAGACAAGGACCGGCAGACGGUAUUCAUCUCCCUGACGGUCAUCGGCCUGGUUGGCUGCUUCCUCUUCUUCCUCAUCCGGAAGCCCGACACCGAAGCGGAAGCGGAAAUGGCGCCUGGCGACGAAUCGGAGGCCCUGCUGCUGCCCUCCGACUCGGGCGAGAGUGCACUCGGCUCGCCUCUCUCGCACGUCUGCUCGCAAGCCCUGGACGCUUUUGUGCGGGCAUGCAAGAUGUUGGUGACCAAGGAGAUGUUGCUGCUCAGCCUGUCCAUCGCGUACACAGGCGUGGAGCUAACGUUUUACAGCGGCGUGUACGGCACAUGCAUCGGCGCCAUGACGGGCUUGGGAGCGGACGCCAAGAGCUUGAUGGGGCUGUCGGGCAUCUGCGUGGGCCUCGGCGAGAUCCUGGGCGGGGGCGUUUUCGGCGUGCUGAACAAGGGCGGCGGCCGCGUGGGCCGCAAUCCCGUGGUGCUGCUCGGGCUGCUGUCGCACUACGUGGCGUUCUACCUCAUCUUCAUCAACAUCGCCGAUGAUGCCCCCCUGGCGCCUGAAGAGGGAACUGAGCUCACCUCCUUCAUUCGGCCCAGUGUGGGCGUGGCUUUGCUGUGCAGCUUCCUGUUGGGCUUCGGCGACAGCUGCUUCAACACACAGCUGCUCAGCAUCAUCGGCUUCACCUUCCGCGACAACAGCGCCCCCGCCUUUGCCAUCUUCAAGUUCAUACAGUCCAUCCUGGCGGCGUUGGCCUUCUUCUACAGCAACUUCCUGCUGUUGCACUGGCAGCUCCUCGUCAUGGUCGUGCUGGGAUUCGCCGGCUCGCUCUCCUUCUUUGCCGCUGAGUGGCGGGCGCAGGCGGCUGCGGCAGAUGGCAUCUGAUGAGGACGACGAUCCGCUUCGCACGUUACGAUCGCCACCAAAUCCGCACAUUCACUUUAAAGACGCACGGAAGCAUGAUGGGAAAUGCCGAUGGUUGCUGGGCUAGCUCAAGUUGAUUUUAUUUUUUUACCGGAAAUAAGAAGGGAAAACGGAGACUAAAUGUUUACCGUUAAGGUGAUUAAUUUAAAAGCCGAAAUAAAGUUUCGAAGAGCAAUA